AGAAAUCUCAACUUCCCCACUAGACAUUAUGCCUAGAGCUAUUUUUCUGGGGUUACAGGAAAGGGGAGUCCGCUCAUCUAGUUUCCACAGAACGGUGGGCGGCAGCACCACCUCUCAGCCCCACCUCCUUACCUGAAAGUGGCCCCAAAUCCCCUCUGAAAGGGGAGGGUUCAGAUAUCAGCAUAACCCAUGAGACAGGGAGUGGGGUGGGGUGGAGAGGGUAUGGAAGUCUUAGAUGAAGUGUCUUGAAUAAGGAAGGACCAGGUGUCCCCAGUACAAAACAGCUGGGAAGGCCCUCCCCAAACUCCCAUUUUGGAUUAGACCAGCCCCAGGCAUGAACUAAGACUGUCCACAGCAUUUGGAUUAGUCAUGGCAGCGAAGAGAAGAGGACCUACAGCACAGGCUGUGCCUGGCAGGGAGUCUGGAGUUUCUGGUUUCCAAGUUCUGGAAAGCAUGAGCCAGGGGAGGGGCCUCCUUGUAGGGGGAGGGCGGGAAUCUGGGGCAAGGCCCCAGUCAGCUAUGCAAGGCUGCGCAAGCAGAGGCAACACCGAACAGGAGGAGGAUCCCAACAGCCUCCUGAAACAGGAGAGGAGCUACUCCAGCUUUGACCACCUAAGACAGCACUCCUCUGAAGAUUGUAACUCCAUUUGCCAUCCCAAGGCCUCUGCUCACCCUGUACCCCAAGGAUGGAACCACUACUGGGAGUAAAAAUUGGCUGCCUGUUUGCCCUGCUGGUUCUCACUCUGAUCUGCGGCCUUAUUCCCAUCUGCUUCAAAUGGUUCCAGCUGGAUGCAGCCACAGGUCGUCACCGCCGGGUCCUCAGCCUCCUGGGCUGCACUUCUGCAGGUGUUUUCCUGGGAGCAGGGUUCAUGCACAUGACUGCUGAUGCCCUGGAGGGAAUUGAAUCAGAGAUCCAGAAGUUUAUGAUGCAGAACAGGACAAAAAGGGAGGGAAGUGUUUCUGAUGAUGCCGAUUCAGCACAGAUGGAGUAUCCUUAUGGAGAGCUCAUCAUCUCCCUGGGCUUCUUCUUUGUCUUCCUUUUGGAGUCGCUGGCAUUGCAGUGCUAUCCUGGGGCUGCUGAAGGGGUCACAGUGCAGGAGGAGUGGGACGGGGCUCACGUCCUUGGACUCCACAGCCAUGGACCUCUCCCCUCCCCCUCAAAGGGUCCCCUCCGAGCCCUUGUCCUCUUGCUCUCCCUCUCCUUCCACUCAGUGUUUGAAGGUCUGGCUGUGGGGCUGCAGCCGACAGUAGCAGCUACCGUGCAACUCUGUCUCGCGGUCCUGGCUCACAAGGGGCUUAUCGUGUUUGGUGUAGGACUGCGGCUGGUACAGAUAGGCAGUGGCUCGCGAUGGGCCACGCUGUCCAUCCUGUCACUGGCUCUCAUGUCCCCCCUGGGCCUGGUCCUGGGACUGGCUGUGACUCAGGGGGACUCUAAAGGGGGGCGUGGCUUAACCCAGGCUGUGUUAGAAGGUGUGGCAGCCGGCACCUUUCUGUAUGUCACCUUCCUAGAAAUUCUGCCCCGGGAGCUAGCUGGCCCCGAGGCCCCUCUGGCCAAGUGGGGCUGUGUAGCCGCCGGUUUUGCCUUCAUGGCCAUUAUUGCUUUGUGGGCCUGAGAGAUUCCUGAUUCUUCUGAUGGACCUAUCUACAAUGGCCUUCCUGCCCCUGGGAGACACUUCCCAGACAGCUUUGGCCCUCAGAUAUUUCUCUACUGAGACUAAGUGACAUUCACUAGGCAUCGUCCACAUGAACUGGACCCCAGCUUUUCCCUACAUGAGAUGCCAUUUCUCAUCCGGGACUGAGAGAAAGAUGUUUAAGUUGAGUGCCUAUAAAUUGGAGAAUUGAUAUAAACACAAUCACUCUAGAUUUGACUCCUGUCCCAUUUAUGCUACUGUGAACAAUAAAAUGUCCAUUUUACCCUU